ACAGUAAAUAAAAACACACUCGUUAUACAACAAGACAGACACAAUCAACAGGAAAUGGCGGAUCAAUUGAGUGAGGAGCAAAUUGCCGAGUUCAAGGAGGCUUUCUCCCUAUUCGACAAGGACGGAGAUGGAAGCAUUACAACAAAGGAGCUUGGAACCAUCAUGAGGUCCCUUGGUCAGAAUCCAACAGAGGCUGAGUUGCAGGAUAUGAUCAACGAAAUCGAUACCAACGGAAGCGGAGCCAUUGACUUUCCCGAAUUCCUCAUUCUAAUGGCUCGGAAGAUGAAGGAAGGCGAUACGGAAGAAGAGCUGGUGCAGGCGUUCAAGGUGUUUGACAGGGACGGGAACGGCUUCAUAAGUGCGCAAGAGCUCCGUCACGUGAUGACAAAUCUGGGCGAAAAACUCACCAAUGAGGAGGUUGACGAAAUGCUCAGGGAGGCCGACGUUGACGGAGAUGGCAAGAUCAACUACGAGGAGUUUGUCAAACUCAUGGUCUCCAAGUAAAGGACCAGAUCUGUAGCUAAGGGCAAAUGUACACGCAAUAGUGCGUGUGUAGAUGAAAUUAUUGACCAGAGUU